UCUCUUAAGCGACACACACAGAGAUAAAAAGAGGGGGGGAGAGAGAGAGAGAGAGCAUUUCAAUCACCGUGAUGGCGGCGGCGGCUCAUAUAGAUAUAGAGCCAGCAAUACCCGAAGAAGAAACGACGUCGAAUUCCCUUAUACGAAACACUCGUUGCUGCUUCUGUUUCCCUUGCUUCAGCUCCCGUCGUACGCCUGCCGUUGGCGUAGCCUUUUGGCAGCGGAUAGGUUCGUCCCACGUCCAGUCCGAUACUGGCUUCUGGUCCUCAAGUGUUAGAGCCUUCAAGAAGGUUCGAGAGUGGUCCGAGAUCGUCGCCGGCCCCCGCUGGAAGACUUUUAUCAGGCGAUUCAACCGUAGCAAAAGUGGGGGCGGAAUCGUCUCCGGCGGUAGGCAUGGGCAAUUCCAUUAUGAUCCUUUGAGUUACGCUUUGAAUUUCGACGAAGGCCCGGGACAGAAUGGUAAUUUGGAAGACGAUAAUGAUUUCGGUGCCUUUCGGGCUUUCUCAACCCGUUACGCUCUUGUUCCCGGUUCGGAGAAAACACCAUUGGCGUAGAUGACGCCGAGUGGAUCAUGUACAGUGAACCGGUGACGUCACUACGGCGUGGCUUCUUCGUUUACUUUUAUAUGAUAAGAUGGCACAUUGUAGGGUUAUUUUUGCUUAAUGGAUAGGUGGGUGGGUUGGGGUGAUAGUGAAAGGUGAGGAUGAAGCGUAUGGGAUUAAGAUUAGAUUUUGUAUGUAUUCAUUUUUGGGCUUUUUCUGAUUUUGGAGCUUUUAAGUUAUUUCGCUUUUAAUUUUCCUAAUUAUGUAAAUAUAAAAUAGGUUUAUAUCUCAUAAAUUCCUUCCCAAA